GUUGUGUGCAGUGUAGAGACAACACACUUUUUUCAGCCCAGCAAGGACAGACAUUGUUGUAAGCGACACUAUCCGGUCAUCUUGUCUAACCUGCGGCCCUAGUUAGUGAAGCACAGUGCAGCUAGCAACUAGUAUGCGGGUCAAUACUAGAGUUUCACCUUAAUCAGAGUGAAAUUAACAUGGGAUAAUCAAGAGAGACCAGAGAGUAGUAAGGGCUACAGUACCAGAACCUCCCAUGGAGUUAAGAAGAGAGUGAGAGUUAGUGAAAUUAAAUUGUCAAUAUGGCAUCGGUGGCUGCAUGGUUGCCUUUUGCCAGGGCGGCCGCUAUCGGCUGGGUGCCCAUUGCUUCGAAUCCCUUGCCCCCACCCCCGAUAACAAAAGGGGCGAGGAAGACAGAUGAUGAAAAGUUAAUUAUUAACGUAAGUGGGAGAAGGUUUGAAACCUGGCAAAACACAUUAGAAAAGUAUCCAGAUACAUUGCUGGGAUCAAAUGAAAAAGACUUCUUUUUCGACGAGGAAUCAAAAGAAUACUUUUUCGACCGUGAUCCAGAAGUUUUUAGACAUAUACUAAACUAUUAUAGAACAGGUAAACUUCAUUAUCCAAAGCAAGAGUGUCUCACCCAAUAUGAUGAAGAGCUUGCCUUUUUUGGUAUAAUGCCAGAUGUCAUCGGAGAUUGUUGUUAUGAGGACUAUCGUGAUAGAAAGAGGGAAAACGCAGAAAGAAUUAUGGACGACAAGGCCGAUGAUGAAGAACAAAAUGAUGGUAUUAUCCUCGAAACCCUUCGAGAGCGGAUGUGGCGUGCAUUUGAAAAUCCACACACUUCAACCCCUGCCCUUGUAUUCUACUAUGUGACUGGGUUCUUCAUAGCAGUUAGCGUGAUGGCAAAUGUAGUUGAAACAGUUCCUUGCGGAGAAAUCCCUGGUCGGAACGAAGUGUUAGCCUGUGGUGAUAAAUAUAAGAUAUCUUUCUUCUGUUUGGAUACAGCUUGUGUUAUGAUUUUCACUGCUGAAUACUUCCUAAGACUAUUUGCGGCUCCAGACCGCUGGAAGUUUAUGCGGAGCGUAAUGAGUGUUAUAGAUUUUGUGGCGAUCAUGCCCUACUAUAUCGGACUAACCAUGAAAGAUGACAAUGAAGUCAGCGGGGCAUUUGUAACCCUGAGAGUGUUUAGGGUUUUCCGCAUUUUCAAAUUUUCACGACAUUCCCAAGGAUUACGUAUUUUGGGAUACACCCUGCAGUCAUGUGCUAGUGAACUGGGGUUCUUAGUGUUCUCACUUGCCAUGGCCAUCAUUAUUUUCGCAACGAUAAUGUUCUAUUGCGAGAAAAAUGUAGAAAAUUCCACCUUCACAUCCAUUCCAUCCUCCUUCUGGUAUACCAUUGUAACUAUGACAACACUAGGGUAUGGGGAUAUGGUCCCGAACACUAUGAUGGGUAAACUGAUAGGUUCAGUUUGUUCUCUUUCUGGAGUUCUUGUAAUUGCUCUUCCGGUUCCUGUCAUCGUUUCAAACUUCUCCAGGAUUUACCAUCAAAACCAGAGAGCAGACAAGAGAAAAGCACAGAAGAAAGCACGACUGGCCCGAAUACAAAUUGCAAAAGCGACAAGUGGCGCGGCAUUUGUUGCUAAAAAACGCGCAGCGGAAGCUAGACUUGCCGCGCAAGAAGCUGGGAUAUAUGUGGAAGACGACGGAAACGAAAAUAUAUUUGAAUUGCAGCAUCAUCACCUUCUAAGAUGUCUCGAGAAAACAACGGAUCGAGAGUUUGUGGACAUGGAUUUACCCUUUAAUGGUAUUGGUGGAGCUAAGAAACCCCGGUCAGGGUCCCGACCCUCCAGCCCUGACAACAGUGAAGAGGUUCCUACCUGCUUUGCUUGCUGCAGUAAGAAGGAGGAGAAUGGUAAAAAUGUGACCAACAACGGGCCGAGUAGCUCUGCCCUGAAUGAGAGUAACAUGAACGCUGUACUGGCACUACAGGAACACCGGCCCGACAAACAUACAGUUUAUGAACUACCAUUAGUGGAUAAAUACAAACAUGAUACAGUGACCCCUACACCAAACUCCCAUGGGUCAAAUUCGUUACCUGUCACCGUCACAUCAGCAAUAGUAACCAUUAGUUCCACCCCCUCCACCCUUCAGACCCCCCUUCUACCCCCUCAACAACAGGGAGGACUACCCUCACAUCAACAAGAGCAGGGGUACCAAGGACCUCUUUCCUUUUCUGGGGAACCCCCUGAAACUCCGACUCAAGUGAAAAUAUCAAAUUUAUAAUUUGAUGAAAUCAUAAAAAUAUUCUGUUUGAACAGGAAACAUUUCCCAACCUUCCUUUCAUAAAAUUAAAUAGAUAAAAUGGGCGUUUAUUCCUCUUUUUCAUCCUCUCUUAAUAACAAAAUGAACAUUUGAUAAAACUUUUAAUUUUUUAAAACUUUUUUAUUUUAAGUAUAAAUUUUAAUUUACUCAUUUAAGAUUUAACAUCUUUUACUGCAUUUUUUUGGAAGAUUUUUUAAUUGGACAGAAUAGUAAGCUGCUUAUAAGGACUGUGAUAGUUUUUUUUCAGCAAUCCUCUACUUUGAAUGGACUAAGCCUGAUUCACAACGGUAUCCUUUAUGACUUUGUCUGUUUAAAAAUAUGAAAGAUAUAUCGUCGGGUUACAAACUUAAAAUAUUUGGAAUUUUUGCAAAAUCCUACACAGUUUCUGCAGCAAUAAUCGGCAAGUUAUUUUUAAAACUGAUUAUAACCGACUACAUGGCUAAGCUUUUGAUGGCGCUGGUGCGAAUAAGGAGUAUGGAAUAGAAGGGAGAUACAACGGACGCGGCCCGCCCUAUCAUAUGAUUAUACAAUAUACAUGCUUUGC